AGCUCGGCCCCGCCUCGUCCGCCGAAGUCUGCGCGCGAAUUCCGUGGCGCGAAUUUGGGACUGCAGCGGCUCUCCAAGCGGGUUCGAGUGUGUCGCUGUGGACAGCGGUGCGCGGGGCUGGCGCGAGAAAUAGCUGACGAGAGAAGAAAAGGAAAAGAACAGAACAGGAGGGAGAAUUCUAACACCAUCAUGCAGCGAAGUAUCAUGUCAUUUUUCCACCCCAAGAAAGAGGGUAAAGCAAGGAAACCUGAGAAGGAGACAUCCAACAGCAGCAGAGAGACGGAGCCCCUUCCAAAGGUGGCACUGAAGGAGCAGAAUGGAGUGGUGCCCGAGAGUGACUCUCCAGUGAAGAGACCAGGGAGGAAGGCGUCCCGGGUCCUAAGCAGUGAAGGGGAGGAGGAGGAUGAAGCCCUAACUCCCACCAAAGGCCAGAUGCCUGCCCCAGACUACCCCAAAGUGUCACCUCCCAGUCCUACCACAUCUCCUGAAAACAGCCCUUCCCUCUCAGAUACCUCUCCCAUGGACAUCUCCCCAUCAGGGAUCCCAAAGCGUCGCACAGCUCGGAAGCAGCUCCCAAAACGGACAAUUCAGGAUGUCCUGGAAGAGCAGAAUGAGGAUGAGGACAGAGAAGCCAAGAGGAAGAAAGAGGAGGAAGAAGCAGAGACCCCAAGAGAAAGCCCCACAGAGCCUGAAGUGGCAAAAAAGAAGGAAGCAGAAGAAGGGGACCAGCCUCCAAUGCCCCCCAAGAUAUCCAAAGCAGAGACCCAAACAGAAAGCAUUUCAGAGCCUGAGGUGGCCGUGAAGCAGGAACCACAGGAAGACGACCAGACUAAGCCUCUACACAGAACUCCCAAGAUGCUUAGCAGUUUCUUCGCCCCCCGGAAGCCGGCAAUCAAAAAGGAAGUGAAAGAAGAGGGGUCAGGUGCUCUAAGAAAGGAGGAGAUCAAAGGACCCCUGGACCCAACCAACUACAAUCCUGCCAAGAACAACUACCAUCCUGUCGAAGAUGCCUGCUGGAAACUUGGCCAAAAGGUCCCUUAUUUGGCUGUGGCCCGUACAUUUGAGAAGAUCGAAGAGGUUUCUGCUCGGCUCCAGAUGGUGGAGACACUGAGCAACUUGCUGCGCUCUGUGGUGGCCCUGUCCCCUCUAGACCUCCUCCCUGUCCUCUACCUCAGCCUCAACCGCCUUGGGCCACCCCAGCGGGGCCUGGAGUUUGGCGUUGGUGAUGGUGUCCUGCUAAAGGCAGUGGCUCAGGCCACAGGUCGGCAGCUAGAGUCGGUCCGAGCUGAGGCAGCCGAGAAGGGCGACGUGGGGCUGGUGGCCGAGAACAGUCGCAGCACUCAGAGACUCAUGCUGCCACCACCCCCCCUCACCACCUCUGGGGUCUUCGCCAAAUUCUGUGACAUCGCUGGGCUCACAGGCAGUGCUUCCAUGACCAAGAAGAUAGACAUCAUCAAAGGCCUCUUUGUGGCCUGUCGUCACUCAGAAGCCCGCUUCAUUGCCAGAUCCCUAAGUGGACGACUGCGCCUCGGGCUGGCAGAACAGUCGGUACUGGCCGCCCUUGCCCAGGCCGUGAGCCUCACGCCACCAGGCCAAGAAUUCCCCCCAGCCGUGGUGGAUGCUGGGAAGGGCAAGACGGCAGAGGCCAGAAAGACGUGGCUGGAGGAACAGAGCAUGAUCUUGAAACAGACGUUCUGUGAGGUGCCUGACCUGGACCGAAUUCUCCCUGUGCUGCUGGAGCAUGGCCUGGAACAUCUCCCAGAUCACUGCAGGCUGAGCCCAGGGGUCCCCCUGAAACCUAUGUUGGCUCAUCCCACUCGGGGUGUCAGCGAGAUCCUGAAACGCUUUGAGGAGGCAGCUUUCACCUGCGAGUAUAAAUACGAUGGGCAGAGGGCACAGAUCCAUGUACUGGAAGGCGGGGAGGUAAAGAUCUUCAGCAGGAAUCAGGAAGACAACACCGAAAAGUAUCCUGACAUCAUCAGCCGCAUCCCCAAGAUUAAACUCCCUUCAGUCACAUCCUUCAUCCUGGACACCGAAGCUGUGGCUUGGGACCAGGAAAAGAAGCAGAUUCAGCCAUUCCAAGUGCUCACCACCCGCAAACGCAAGGAGGUGGACGCAUCAGAGAUCCAGGUGCAGGUGUGUUUAUAUGCCUUCGACCUCAUCUACCUAAAUGGAGAGUCCCUGGUACGUGAGCCUCUUUCCCGGCGCAGACAGCUGCUCCGGGAGAACUUUGUGGAAACAGAGGGUGAGUUUGUCUUCGCCACCUCUCUGGACACCAAGGACACUGACCAGAUUGCUGAGUUCUUGGAGCAAUCUGUAAAAGAUUCCUGCGAGGGGCUGAUGGUGAAGACCCUGGAUGUCGAUGCCACCUACGAGAUUGCCAAGAGAUCUCACAACUGGCUCAAGCUGAAAAAGGACUACCUCGAUGGCGUUGGCGACACCCUAGACCUUGUGGUGAUCGGUGCCUAUCUGGGCCGGGGGAAGCGAGCCGGCCGGUACGGGGGUUUCCUGCUGGCCUCCUACGACAAGGACAGUGAGGAGCUGCAAGCCAUAUGCAAGCUUGGAACUGGCUUCAGCGAUGGUGAGCUGGAAGAACAUCACCAGAGCCUGCAGGCCCUGGUGCUCCCCACCCCACGCUCCUACGUGCGGGCAGAUGGUGCUGUGGCCCCCGACCACUGGCUGGACCCCAGCACUGUGUGGGAGGUGAAGUGUGCUGAUCUCUCUCUCUCCCCCAUCUACCCUGCUGCCCGGGGCCUGGUGGAUAAUGAAAAGGGGAUCUCCCUUCGUUUCCCUCGGUUUAUUCGCGUCCGGGAAGACAAGAAGCCAGAGGAGGCCACCACCAGUGCCCAGGUGGCCUAUCUGUACCGGAAGCAAAGUCAGAUUCAGAACCAACAAGGCACAGGUUUAGAGUCUGACCUUGAAGAUUUCUACUAAGCCCCUGCCCUCCCAGGGGCCUGGGGCGAAGGGCGGCAGAGGUGGAGGGAACCCAGGGAUAUUGCCUCUAUUUCUAAGCAAAUCUGGUAUUGAUGUCUACAUGGUUUUUGAGUCACAUUUGAAUAUGAGUAUGUGUGAGGGGGUGGUUUACACUGGGAUCUAGGAGUCAUUUGGUCAUUUCUCUCAAUAAAUAAUUAUCACACAUGUA